AUGAAGAAAUUUACAAACUCUUUACUAUUAUUAAUUUUACUCCUAAGCUUUGAGGUGACUAGAUAAGAUUGUGCAUUUACAGUUGAUCCAGAUGGUAAGCCUCAAGUUGCUAAAGAUAAGGAUGCAAAGCCACAAAUUCAUAAAUAUUCUGCACCAUUUAUUUGUGAUAAAAUAUACACAGGUGCUACCUGUUGCAAUGAUUACUAAAAUAACUAAAUGGCUUCUAACUUCUUACAGAUUGAUGCUACUUUUGGUUCAAUUGGUAAUGGAUGUGAUAACUGUGCAUCUAACUUAAAGAGAUUCUGGUGUACUUAUACAUGUGACCCAAAUUAAUCUGAUUUCGUUGUGAUUGGACCCAAACCUAUUGUUGUUCCUAAUCCUAUUGAUGAAGGUGCAACUACUCUCACAGUUCAAGAUGUUAGUAUCCUCGUUGAUUCAUAAACAGUAUGCGAUGUAUGGUCAAGCUGUAACUUGACUCCUUAUGCCACUUAAGUCUCAGCUAUGAAAACCCCAGCUGGUUUCUUGUCUUUCUAGGGAGCUAACGCCGUUACUUAAGCUGCACAAUCAAUCAGAGUUAACUAUACCAGUGAUGCUUCUAAGAACCCUUUAACUCUUCACAAUAUAACUAAAUGUAAUGCUCCUCAACCAAAAGUAAACAAAGACCCUGCUAAAGCUUAACCAUGGUAUCCUGAUGCUUGGGGUUUCAAUAUUUCUUAAAAUUGCUCUUGUAAUAACUGCGCUGAUGCUUGCACAUUAGCUGUAUUCACUCCUUUACCAGUUAUGCAAGGUUUUGAUUACUUAGUAGUUGGAUUAUUUUACGGCUUUUUACUUGUUUUCACUAUUGGUUGCUGGUUCUUUAGAAGAAGAAGAUAAAUGAAGAAAGAUUAAGAAAGUUAACAACAAUUAGAAUAAUAAGAGCAAUAAGAAUAAUAAUAUGAACCUUUACAUGCAGAAGGUGCCUAAGAAAAUCAAUAAAAUGAGUGA